AUGUCACACCUCCUGGAACGCUGCACGGAUGAGUUCUUGGAAGUCCUCGAAACGACGUGCACCCAAGACGAGUCCAUCGACACCUUAGCCAUAUGCAAAACCUUCGCGGCGAACACGAUGCUUCGGACGGGAUUCAGCUUCAGGAUGGACGAGCGAGACAAGACCGGAUGGGAAGUCAGGGACUACGUCACUCAGCUCGCACUUCGGAACAUCGCCGUCUUCCAGGAGGGAUUCCUGCACUGGCUUUCAAAUUGCUUCCCUGAAUUUACUCUCGUCAUCCAACUCGUUCUGAGGGUCAUUGAGAGCGUCCAGAAACCUGCUGUACGGAAGCUUCAAGAUGCCAUUGCUCCGAUUAUCUACGCUCGAAAAUGGGAUGCAUCGGAACACAAGAAAAGGGACUUGUUGCAGUCUCUAAUCGACGCAAUGGACAGGAACUGCGGAGGCUCCAAUGCAGCUGGUGUCCCCAUUGGAACCGAUGAGGGGAAAACAAUGCCGCCAAAACAAUCCUUCCUGAGUCCUGUGGAGGUAGAGAGCAACGCUUCCCUCGUUCUGACAGCAGGAACCGUGAACCUGAGCAAGUACUCGUCCUGGCUACUGUACCUUCUGGCAAGACAUCAAGACGUCCAAGAGAAAGUCCGCGACGAGAUUAAAAACAUACUUCAAAAUGGGGGUGCCAUCAACUACGAUGCCGUGCCAAAGAUGCAAUAUUUGGAACAAGUGUUUCUCGAAUCUAUGCGGACACAAUCGUCUCCAUCAGGGUUUGUGACUCGUCUCGUAGAAAAGGAACUCGAUGCUGGCUGCGUCAAAAUCCCCGAGGGCGUGAGCAUCGUUAUUCCGACCUACCUCCUUCACCACGACCCGGAACUAUGGCAAGACCCAGGCAGCUUCGAUCCCGAAAGAUUUCGUCCGGAAACGUUCGAGCCUGGGGAUGCUGGUGCGUACCAGCCUUUCGGCGCCGGACCUCGAAACUGUUUCGCUAUGGCAUUCUCAAAGAAAGCCAUCAUGCUCCUGGCGGCCAAGGUGGUCGCCAAGUACAGGCUCCUUCCCACCCGGGCCGAUCAUGAGGCUGACCUGACUGAGGACGACAUGGAAGAUUUGCUCGUCUUGGGUCACGUAAAGCGAGGGCUUUAUGCGAAGUUUGAGAAGUACUGACACGGCUACUUCACGUUUACGAGAUUAAUUGAGAAGACAAGUAGCUUUUGUUCCGCCUUAUUUUAUCGUGACAGUACCAUUCUUUACGAACGUAAUAAAUGCAUCAACAAACUG